AUGGCUUCUAGAUUUUACGAAUACCAGUCUGCCAUAGUCGCAGAGAGAUUCCACUCCAUUGAACACACUGGAAGUGGACCUCAUGGGAAUGUAUAUAGGGCUCAUGACAAGAAGAUGGAUACGGUCAUCAUUGUCAAGAGACUGGAGAUGGCUUCGAUUGUCCAAGAAGAAACCACAAAGCGAGAGAUUCUCGACAUCAGGAAGCUCAGACACCGCAACAUUAUCCCCAUCUACUACGCACUCAUCCGCCCCGGAAUGGUCCUGCUCGUCACGCCCAUCAGAGAAUACAACCUCCCCGCCCUCAUCCCCAUGCCCUACGAGAUGAAGGACAAAACUUCAAACUUCUACAGCCUGACGAUACAGAUGCUCUCUGCGCUCACGUAUCUCCAAGAAGAGGGCAUAUGCCACCGCAACAUCAAGCCCAAUAACAUCCUCGUGCAGCCUACACAGAAAGGCUACGGCUUCUACCUCACAGACUUUGCCCUCAGCUAUCCCCAGAGACGCUGCGUCGAUUUCCUCUUCACAGCCCCAGAGACGCGCACAGACAUCUAUCCCGUCACCUGCAAGCAAGACGUCUGGUCUCUCUUCGUUACUCUUGCUGUCGCCUGCGGACGGAUUACCGAGCUUGAGAUUAAUCGCAGGAGUCCUCUAGCGAUUGUCCAGGAUCUCAUGGACACGGGCUUCUUGAUGCCCGAGCUGGAGGACAUGUCGCGGUACAACCCUACCCAGAGAGCCUCUGCCUCCGUCAUGUUCCACAGACUGAGGCCGAAAGAGAAGCUCAACUAUUACGGCGGCGUGGAUUACCCUGAAGUCAGCACUGAGUAUUUCGGUUUAUAUGGAAGUGGCCGAUUGGAGACUGAGCCGAUGGUGUUUAUUGGACCCAACGCAGAUCUUCGCGGGCUGGAUGGACCUUUGGGACUGUCGCCAACGAGCGUCGUCCAACGGCCACCUGCAUCUGUACCUUUAGCACAGCCCCUUCCAGCCAAUUGCUUUGAUCUGGGAAUACAAGAUCAUCAACCCACACCUUUCUCAGCCGAACUUCGAGAAACUAGUGUUUCUUCGCCUCAAAGUGAAUAUCCGCAAUCGCCACCAGAAGUGCCACAGCAGAACGAGCAGUCCCUCCCUGAGCCGCGUAUCAAACGCGAGGAGUCGCUGGAAUGGUUUGAAUACGAUAUUCCUGAAGAUCCAGAGCAAGCGGAGCGAAUCGAGAAUGAAAGGAGACGGGUAGAGUUGAACCUACGCCCCUAUCUUGGCAUGGAUAGGAAUUGCACAACUCUUCGCCCGUAUGACGGUCCUGCUGAUAACAACGGCCCUCUCCCACCGCUGAGAAGCGUCGUCCCGAUACCUCGCAGCGCAGAUGAUCCCUACAAUAGUGAGCUCUAUCCUCAUUAUUCUGCGCUACUGCGGGCGACAGAUCAGAGACGUCGUUCAUCAGCUUCAACAGGAGCAGCGACCAGCUGGGACACAUUCGAGGUUGGACCUAUACACAACGGCAAUCCCACCAUCCAUUUCAAUGGUGUUGGCUUCAUGGUGCAGCCGCAAGGGUUGGCGUAUGUGCGGCCAUAUCCCAUGCCAUGUGAUAGGCCAACUGAGCAUUCUCAGCCAGUUGAGUUUUGA